AUGUUGUAUCUCGAGGAUUUCCUGGAAUUACUUGAUCAAUUACCUGGUGAAUUGAGAGACAGGAGCACUGAAGUUCGAAUGUUAGACCUGCAAGCACAGCAAUUGCAUGAACGCGCCAACAAGGAAAGAGAUGAGUUCUUCUCUACAGGUAGUGUUCUGCCUCAUGAUGUUAAGGUAAAACGAUACAAUGAAAUCUUGGAGCUUUAUGCGCAAGCGAAGGCUCUUUCGGACGAAAAAGUGGCAAUUUUGGAUGUUUGCCAUUCAUUGUUGCUAAAAUAUAGCCAAAAGUUGAACAAGGAAAUACUGCAUUUUAAACUGGAACUUGAAGCUGAUAAUCCUGGCAUCACUGAACAGAUCGAAAGAAAUAUGUGCGUUUCACAUUGUUUAGUAAGACGCAGAUAUCGGGAAGCCAAUGCCAAUCUGGCGGGCAUGAUAAAUGGAAACUCAAAUGCACUGUCCGAAACAUCAAGUACUGGUUCCUCUCGUGGACAGCGAGGACAGUUGAAUGACACAUGCGAAGCUGGACUGGAUAUGAGUGCUCAGACGCAACAAAGUGGAAGUCAUUCAUUGUUUUCAGCAGCGGGGGCACGCGAUGUUGAACCUGGACCAAGCGGUAGCAGAGUGCAUAAUGUUAUCAGCGAGCGUGAUGCUGAUUUGCCCCCGCUGAAGAGACGUUCACUUGUCACUCCUCAAAAAAUCAUUGGUAUCAGCAAUGCUCAUUCAUCAGCGGCAGUACAUGCUCAGUCCAUAGCAGGCAGUACUCCUGAUCGUGGUAACGGUUGGAGCAAUAACCCAAGUCAAACUCCAUCUACUUCUUCACAAGUACAGUUCUCAGUGCAUCCUCCGAAGAUCACUUCAAAUCCAAGUACCUUUACUGGAACAUCUGGACAUUCUGCUCCGGGACAGUCAAUGAUGUCACUUGCCGCCCAAGAAAGUCGACAUGGACGUCCAAGAAAGCUAACGUCUAGAGCUCAAGAAAUGCUGUACACCAUGCAACGUCAUGAACGUCGUGCAACAAGUCUUACUUCUUGUUCACCCGAACUAAUGCAGGGGAGUGACGAUGAAUCGGAUUCAGAUCGACGCGUAUGGUGUUUUUGUCGUGAAAAAGGAUAUGGCUCAAUGGUGGCUUGUGAUGAUCCAAUGUGUCGUUAUGAGUGGUUUCAUUAUGGAUGUGUUAAUGUUAUUGAAAAGCCUAAAGGAAAAUGGUACUGUCCAGAAUGUGCACCAAAACAUUCAGGGUCUGAAAUGACCGGCAUAAACAAGGUGUAA